CCACAGUCUUAGGUCUACUUCGAUUCAACAAGCAAAAGACAACCUCGUGGAUAUGGCAAAGACAGAAUCUUCUCAGGUUCUUUUCAACAUGGCUAUGAGCUUCUGCUCCAACCUGACCUCUCUCCAGCAGCACCCGUUCAAUCCCGUCACCGGCCUCCCACCGCUGCUCGAUUCCUGUGAGCUGUUGGGGCUCUGCGGCAGCAACUGCUCCACCUUUUCUGACUCCUGCAUUGACCCGUUGCUCGACUACUGCUCCGGCGACUGCUCGUACCCCAACUACCUCGUCCCUUACUUCUCCUCUUCGCCCGACAACCUCGUCUCCAUCUCGCCUGACAUCUUCCCCUUCGACGAGCUCGAGUACUGCCCAUACCCAAAACGUCAGAAGCAGAAGCCCCUCGAUUACCCCGGCUUGGUUGCCGAUGGGUACGUCGUGAGCGAGCUGCCACCGGUAGAACUCGCACCGCCGCAGCUCAUGCUGCCCCCUCCGCCAGAGCCGCAUCUGUGCGGGUCCUACGGGGGCAUGGAGAUUGGCGUGAAGAAGCCUAGCGUGGGUGGGGCGAACUUGUCCACGCAGAGCUUAGCGGCACGGCAGAGAAGGAGGAAAAUAACCGAGAAGACCCUCGAGCUUGGGAAGCUCGUCCCGGGAGGCCGAAAGAUGAACACGGCCGAAAUGCUGCAAGCGGCGUACAAGUAUGUGAAAUACUUGCAGGCGCAAGUUGGAAUUCUUGAGCUCAAACAGUCAAUUCAGGAAACCCAGCGUAGCAAGCGAGAGUUUCAAGUUCUGCUCCAAUCGCCAAAAAUUCAAGAGAAGCUGUACGCGGAAGAGAAGUGCCUGGCGACGAACGAGUUGAUCCGAGCCAUCGCCAAAGAUCCCGAAGUGACGACGGACCCGAUAGGCAAAGAGAUUACUCAGCUCAUGUGUACCCACGGCUGGUUUAUUGAAGCAUAG